UAGAAACCUCUUUCUCAAAGAACAAAAAACAAAACUUUUUUUUUUCUCCUUCUCUUCUUUCUCCUUCAAGGUAGCCUCCAAGCAAAACACAGAGAAACCUAAUCUGUUGUCUGGUCAUAACCUCACAAGAAGCUAUAGCCUGUCGUUAAUGUUGGCUUCUUCUUGUCCAUUUCUUCUUUCCUUUUUCCUCUGAAACACUAUAAAAAUCGUUAAAACUAGAACAGAGAAAGAAGACGAAGAAAUUGGUAAUUUCAUAAACAGAGUAUAUGAAAGAGAUCUUGAAGUUUUGAAAGUCUUAUCGAGAUAAGAGUUAAGAAGAAGAUAUGUCGGCAAAACUUCUGUAUAACUUGUCAGACGAGAACCCAAAUCUGAACAAACAGUUUGGAUGCAUGAAUGGGAUCUUUCAAGUCUUUUACCGGCAACAUUAUCCGGCGAGACCAGUCGCCGGCGAUGUAGAAAAGUCUUCGGCUCUAGGGGAAAGAAAAGAUCUUGUCGGUGAAAUUAGCAUAGAAAGUGAUAAAGAAACGGAGAGAAGUACCAAGAAGAAGAAGAAGAAGUGUGGAGUAAAGGAGAAGCAUAGAGUCUCCUCUGAAUCCUCUUCAAGGCCUUCGUUUUCGUCUUCUCCACGGUCCUCGAGCUUCUCGUCUGCAGAAGUCAGCACAACAGCAUCUCAAUUCGACCAGGCUGGUGAGAAUAUGAUCAGAGAACAGCACAACACUGGACCGGUGAUGCCAUUUGAUCUAAAGGAGCUUGUGAAAGGCUCUAUUAACAGAGAAAUGAGAGCCGGAGGCGAAGAAACAGGAGCCUUCACUCAGCAGCCGAAUUCAGCUAGAAGUAGCAUGUUGCUUGUCAAAGAAUCAUCAUUGCGUUCGCCAUCUCGGAGUUGUAGUGAGUGGAAUGAGGGAAGAGGAAUGGCUGUAAAGUUUAAGGAAAGUCAUCGGCUUUCUUAUGAUGAGAGGGAGAUGAGAAACAACGGAUACAAGCCGGGCUCGAAGCUGAAAGAGACACCUAGGUUGUCGUUGGAUAGUAGAUCUAACUCCUUUAGGAGUCCGAGAACUGAAGCAGGGAGAUCAAGUUGUCCACCAGAAGAACCCGUAACGAUGAGUCACAGAAGAUCGAAUUCGAGUGUUGUUGCCAAGCUGAUGGGUCUUGAAGUCAUUGCGGACAAUUUUGAUACAGAGCAGAGAAAACAGAACCGGUUUUGUGACUCACCAAGGCCGAUGACCCGAGUGGAACCUACGGCUUUACAGAGAUCUAGGAGCGUUGAUUCGAUCAAGAAGAUACCUUCUUCUAAGUUUCCAAUGGAACCAGCUCCAUGGAAGCAAAUGAAAGCAGGCGACGCUGCACUGACGGUUUAUGGGGAAAUUCAGAAGCGGCUUACGCAGUUGGAGUUCAAAAAGUCGGGAAAAGAUCUCAGGGCUCUUAAGCAAAUACUUGAGGCUAUGGAGAAGACGCAGCAGUUGAUAGACGGAAGCAGAGAUGAAAAAACUCACCAGCCAGUUCUUAUGCAGAGUACUCACCAGCCAGUUCCAGCUGGAACAAGUCCAGCCAUGAACUUGAGAUCUUCAUCGAUCGUUGUCAUGAAACCGGGGGCUACAGUUUCUACCUCUUCGCUGCCACACAAUGCCGCCUUGCCAAAUGUCAAUGUUGGCAACCCCAAACAAACUCGAAAAGUCACCUCGGGGAAGCAGAGCGCGAUGGAUUUAACCCCAAGGCCAGGCCUUUACAAGGGCCAACUCGAUUCGACCAGGAGCAAUAGCUCAAAAACAUUAAGGUCGAGGCAAGCUUUGGCGAGGGAUUCUUGUUCAGUGACCAAGUCAGGUAGGAGCCAACAGCAAAGUGUUAGCCCAAGAACGCAGCACAAAAAUCUCGGGCAUUCCCGGCCCACAACUCCAAAAUCAGAGCCAGGCAAGAUCCAAAGGCAGCAAACGGAGUCAGCCUCACCGAGAAGAAAACAGGGGAUAAAACCUCGCACUACUCUUCGGCAACCUGAUGACCGGUUAAGCGAUUCAAGCAGUGACUUGAGAAGUUUAAGAUCAGACAGCAACAUAAGCUUGCAAUCGAAUAUUGACAUCGAGGUUACAAGCAGACAUCGGUUGGAGAGAAACUGUGACUUCCCAGAGCUGCACACCCCAAAACAAAGGAGCCCAGACUUUGGAGCCAAACAGGACAGACCAUCUCUAAAACCUCUGAAAGUUACCGUUGAGCAACCUAGCCCCGUUUCAGUUCUUGAUGCAGCCUUCGACGAAGAGGAUUCUCCAUCCCCGGUGAGGAAGAUAUCCCUUAGUUUUAAAGAGGACGAUGGUUUACCUUUUGAAGAAUCUGUGUGGAUAAACGAGCCUACAGGCGUCUGCAGAUCCAUACUCGUGCCUGAGAAUAACCGGGGUCCAAUGCAGCCAGACUCUGAUCACCUCGAAUGCUUCCCUGAGGAAGGUACAGGCUUCAAAAGCGGCGACCACAAGUACAUCUCGGAGAUAUUGUUGGCAUCAGGGCUUCUAAGAGAUCUUGAAUACAGCAUGAUAAGCAUUCAGCUGAACCAAGCGCGUCUCCCCAUCAAUCCUGGACUGUUCUUCAUCCUGGAACAGAACAAGGCCAGCAAUAUGAGUCCACCAGGCAACAAACACAGAACCGGAGGAUUCAGACAACAGCAGAAAAAUCUGACAGAGAAAUUCAGGAGAAAACUCAUCUUCGACACCGUUAACGAGAUUCUAGCUCAGAGGUUCACUGCAGUAAGCUGUACCAGACCACGGUUAACCGCAAACCCACUUACAACAAUGGAGAAAAGAUCCAAAGGGGAGCAACUUCUGCAAACUCUAUGCUCGGAGAUUGAUAGGUUACAAGAGAACAACUCAAAGUGCAAUUUGGAGGAUGACGAGUAUGACAUCAUAUGGGAGGAUCUGCGAAGUCAAGGCAUGAACGUGAAGGAGUUUGAAGGAGAGACUCCAGGCAUAGUGUUAGAUAUUGAAAGAAUGAUUUUCAGAGACUUGGUUAAUGAAGUUUGCUUCCGUUAAAUUUUUAUGGGUAUCACUUAGAAUUGUAAAUGAAGGAAUCUUACAGAGGAAGAGACCCUUCGGUUUCUGGGCUUUCAGCCCUUUUGCCUCUUCUCUUCCUACUUAUUUGUGUAACCAGCAUAUAUAUGUAUACAGGUCUGUCUGAUUAA